GCCCCGCUGCCCCUCCCGCGACUCGCCUGCACUGCUCUCCCAUCGCCGGGGGGAAGCGACAACAUCUCGGUAACUUGCGGACUGUGGCGCAACUGGUCUCGACGUUGGCGGCCCUCUCAUGCUGUCCGGGUGAGGUACCUGGGAAAGAAAACACCCUCAACAAUGAAUAGGCCGCCCAUCGCUACCAACUACAGAUGACUUGUCAUUUCAUUUACAAAGAUGUCGUCUGCUGCUGAAAAUGGAGACGCAGCACCUGGAAAACAAAACGAAGAAAAAACCUACAAAAAGACCGCAUCAUCUGCAAUUAAAGGUGCUAUUCAGCUGGGAAUAGGCUACACGGUGGGCAAUCUCACUUCCAAGCCGGAACGAGAUGUUCUCAUGCAAGACUUUUAUGUGGUGGAAAGUGUGUUCCUCCCCAGUGAAGGGAGCAAUCUGACCCCAGCACAUCACUACCCAGACUUCAGAUUUAAGACAUAUGCUCCAUUAGCGUUCCGAUAUUUCAGAGAACUUUUUGGUAUCAAGCCUGAUGAUUACUUGUAUUCCAUCUGCAGUGAACCUCUAAUAGAGCUAUGCAACCCUGGAGCCAGCGGAUCUUUAUUUUUUCUGACCAGUGAUGAUGAAUUUAUCAUCAAAACAGUUCAACAUAAAGAAGCUGAGUUCCUUCAGAAGCUACUGCCAGGAUAUUACAUGAAUUUAAACCAGAACCCAAGAACACUCUUGCCAAAAUUUUACGGACUGUACUGCAUGCAGUCAGGGGGCAUUAACAUCAGGAUUGUGGUGAUGAACAACGUUUUGCCACGCUUCAUGAGAAUGCACUUUACAUAUGAUUUGAAAGGUUCAACGUAUAAGCGAAGAGCAUCCCGGAAAGAGAGAGAGAAAUCCAACCCCACAUUCAAGGACUUAGAUUUCCUGCAAGACAUGCAUGAAGGGUUGUAUUUUGAUACAGAAACGUACAAUGCACUUAUGAAAACACUUCAGAGAGACUGCCGGGUGCUGGAAAGCUUCAAGAUCAUGGACUAUAGCCUUUUGCUAGGAAUCCACAUCUUGGACCAUUCCCUCAAAGAGAAAGAAGAGGAGACCUCACAAAAUGUGCCUGAUGCUAAGAGGCCCGGGAUGCAGAAGGUCCUGUACUCAACAGCCAUGGAAUCUAUCCAGGGUCCAGGGAAAUCUGGAGACGGGAUCAUCCCAGAAAACCCAGACACAAUGGGAGGCAUUCCAGCUAAAAGCCAUAAGGGAGAGAAACUACUUUUAUUUAUGGGCAUUAUUGACAUUCUGCAAUCAUAUAGGUUGAUGAAGAAGUUAGAACACUCCUGGAAAGCUCUUGUUUAUGACGGUGACACUGUUUCUGUUCAUAGACCAAGCUUUUAUGCAGAUAGAUUUCUUAAGUUCAUGAAUUCCAGAGUUUUCAAGAAAAUUCAAGCCUUGAAGGCCUCACCUUCUAAGAAACGGUGUAAUUCCAUCGCUGCCUUAAAGGCGACCUCACAGGAGAUCGUGUCCUCAAUUAGCCAGGAAUGGAAGGAUGAGAAGCGAGAUUUGCUGACCGAAGGACAAAGUUUUAGCAGCCUUGAUGAAGAAGCCCUGGGAUCCCGACACAGGCCAGACCUGGUGCCCAGCACUCCGUCACUGUUUGAAGCUGCUUCCUUGGCAACCACAAUUUCAUCUUCUUCCUUAUAUGUCAACGACCAUUAUUCACGGGACAGGACUACACUUUAUUCAAACAGUAAAGGGUUACCUUCCAGUUCGACAUUUACCUUGGAAGAGGGGACCAUCUACUUGACCGCUGAGCCAAGCGCUCUGGAGAUGCAGGAUGAUAAUGCUUCUGUGCUUGAUGUCUACUUAUAAGUGAAAACGAGACUUGAGCACAGUGACGGAAGAGAAGUUUCUUCACUCCGGAAUUAUCCACAGGAGCUUGAGCCCCACCAUACACAGAGAAAUGAUCAGCUUGAUUUAGGAGAGUUUGCCAGAUGUCGGGAGAGUCUUGGUCCAUAGGCUGCUGAGUAGAUGGGAUGUGAAAACCACCACACUAUUCUGUCCUUUGCUGUUGCUUGCUGAACUGUGAAGAACUGCAUGAACUGUAUUGAAGCUGCUUUCUAUACCAUUGCCAAUCACCUUUUUGGACUUGGAAGUGCUAUUUUCCUAUGGACUCUUGCAUUAUUUCAUUUUGCAUGCAUCCAGUGAUUAUACAUAAGCAAUACGUGUAAUCUGCUUAUAUAUUUUUUUAAAAAUCCACCCAUGCAAAAUGGUAAAGUAUAAAUUCUGCUUUUUUGCAAAAUUACAAUCAUAGCACAUGUCAUGAAAGUUUAUUAAAUUGGUUUCAUUUAAAGAUCAAUAUAAUAGGUCUGCCUUUAUAGAAAACUGGCUUCUAUAAAGAUUUUUUCACUGUUUACUAGUGAAAUGAGAAAAGCGAAGCUAUUUAUAAAAGGCCUUUGUGUUGUGUAUAUACAUUGUCUUUGAAAUAUUUGUGAUUUAGUUUAUUGCUUGUAAAAGAGAAAUUAUAUAAUUUAUUUAGUAAAUACAACUGUAAACUAUAGUUUUAUUGAGAGAAAUAAAAUAUUUUGUUCUCAA